AUGUUGUCAGACAAGGAAUUGUUCGAGUUGAACAAGAAGGCCGUCACUGAGGGCUUCAAGAUUAAGCCUAGAAUCAACUACAACACUGUUGGCGGCGUCAAUGGACCAUUAGUCAUUUUGGACAACGUCAAGUUCCCACGUUUCAAUGAGAUUGUUAACUUGACCUUGCCCGACGGCUCAGUUAGAGCCGGUCAGGUGUUGGAGGUUAGAGGCUCCAAAGCCAUUGUUCAAGUGUUCGAAGGUACAUCUGGUAUUGAUAUCAAGAAGACCCGUGUGGAAUUCACCGGUGAAAACUUGAAGAUUGCCGUUUCUGAAGAUAUGUUGGGUCGUGUUUUCGACGGUUCUGGUCGUCCAAUUGACAAGGGUCCCAAGAUUUUUGCCGAAGACUACUUGGACAUUAACGGUUCCCCAAUCAACCCAUACGCCCGUAUUUACCCCGAGGAAAUGAUCUCCACCGGUGUGUCAGCUAUCGACACUAUGAACUCCAUUGCUAGAGGUCAGAAAAUUCCUAUUUUCUCCGCCUCCGGUUUGCCUCACAACGAAAUUGCUGCUCAGAUUUGUAGACAAGCUGGUUUGGUCCGUCCAACCAAGGAUGUCCACGACGGUCACGAAGAGAAUUUCUCUAUUGUGUUUGCCGCUAUGGGUGUCAACUUGGAGACUUCGAGAUUCUUCAAGCAGGACUUCGAGGAGAACGGAUCCUUGGAGAGAACCUCCUUGUUCUUGAACUUGGCCAACGAUCCAACUAUUGAGAGAAUCAUUACUCCAAGAUUGGCUUUGACUACUGCAGAAUACUUGGCUUACCAGACCGAGAGACACGUUUUGACGAUCUUGACCGAUAUGUCUUCUUACGCUGAUGCUUUGAGAGAGGUUUCCGCUGCCAGAGAAGAAGUGCCAGGUAGAAGAGGUUACCCAGGUUACAUGUACACUGAUUUGUCCACUAUUUACGAGAGAGCUGGUAGAGUCGAGGGCAGAAACGGUUCUAUUACCCAGAUUCCUAUCUUGACCAUGCCUAACGACGAUAUCACUCACCCUAUCCCUGAUUUGACCGGUUAUAUUACCGAGGGUCAGAUCUUCGUUGACCGUCAAUUGGACAACAGAGGUAUCUACCCACCAAUCAAUGUGUUGCCAUCUUUGUCUCGUUUGAUGAAGUCGGCUAUCGGUGAGGGUAUGACCAGAAAGGAUCACGGUGAUGUGUCUAACCAGUUGUACGCCAAAUAUGCUAUUGGUAAGGAUGCUGCUGCCAUGAAGUCCGUCGUCGGUGAAGAGGCUUUGUCCAACGAAGACAAGUUGUCCUUGGAAUUCUUGGAGAAGUUCGAGAAGAACUUCAUUGCCCAGGGUGCUUACGAGGACAGAAGUAUCUUCGACUCGUUGGACCUUGCCUGGUCUUUGUUGAGAAUCUAUCCUAAGGAGUUGUUGAACAGAAUUAGUCCAAAAAUUUUGAACGAGUUCUAUGACAGAGCUGGUGAUCAGGAUGACGACGAGGAGGAAGAGGACGCCGACAAGUCUCAUGACUUGAUUGAUGCUUGA